GCGGCGGCGGCGGCGGCGAUGGCAAUGGCAGCGGACCCCUGAGCGGGCUUAAGGGCUCGCACCCGGCUCCCUCCCGCACGACCUCGGGCUCGACCAGGCGUUGCGGCCCCAGCUCGCUCCACUUCUACUCCCUCCCUGUCCGCUGCCUGGGCGGAAGCAAAAGACCGGGCUGGCCACCCUGCUCGGCCCCGGACGGCCUGGCUGCUGUGCCGUGAAGAGGCCGAGUCGUGAAACGAGAAUACUAAAGAACAGGACCUCAAGAUGAGCAAAAAGCCUCCAAAUCGUCCUGGAAUCACUUUUGAGAUUGGUGCUCGUUUGGAGGCGCUGGACUACUUACAGAAAUGGUAUCCUUCACGGAUUGAAAAAAUAGAUUAUGAGGAGGGCAAGAUGUUGGUCCAUUUUGAGCGCUGGAGUCAUCGUUACGAUGAGUGGAUUUUCUGGGAUAGCAAUAGAUUGCGACCUCUGGAGAGACCAGCGCUGAGGAAAGAGGGUCUGAAAGAUGAGGAGGAUUUCUUUGAUUUUAAAGCCGGAGAGGAAGUUCUGGCUCGUUGGACAGACUGUCGCUAUUACCCUGCCAAGAUUGAAGCAAUUAACAAAGAAGGAACAUUCACAGUUCAAUUUUAUGACGGAGUCAUUCGUUGUUUAAAAAGAAUGCACAUUAAAGCCAUGCCCGAGGACGCUAAGGGGCAGGACUGGAUAGCUUUAGUCAAAGCAGCUGCUGCAGCUGCCGCCAAGAAUAAAACGGGGACUAAACCUCGAACCAGCGCGAACAGCAAUAAGGAAAAAGAGGAAAGAAAGUGGGUGAAAGUACCUUCCAAGAAGGAAGAAAACCCGGCUUCUACUGCCACCCCAGAGAUGGAGAAGCAGGGAGAUCUGCCCACCUCUAGUGAAACCUUUGGACUUCAUGUAGAGAACGUUCCAAAGAUGGUCUUUCCACAGCCAGAGAGCACAUUGUCCCACAAGAGGAAAACUAAUCAAGGCAACUCAUUUCAGGCCAAGAGAGCUCGACUUAACAAGAUCACUGGUUUGUUGGCAUCCAAAGCUGUUGGGGUGGAUGGUGCUGAAAACAAGGAAGACCACAAUGAAACGGCUCCAAUGCUGGAGCAGGUAUGAAACGGUAGCAUUUGAUUGUUUUCAAGGUUCCCACUGGAAUGGGCCUGGAACUAGAGUAUCCACCUCAUUAUAGCUAUGGGGAUGGGAAACACAUUGAUUGAGGAUCUGUUUUUAACUCUACCUUCUCCAAGGUAUACAGAAAAACUACAGGCUUCCUGAGCUUUUGUUUUCAAUAGACUGCCAUUCGAGCCUUUGUCUCCAAUAUUUGAAGGCCUGGAGACAGACCCCCCCCAGGGUAUAAGCUUCCAGCCGGAUUACCUGGAACUAGCUUACAAAAAGACCCUUACACAAAUCCUUUUCAUUUGUGAGUUAAAACAGGGUUUUUGACAUCUAAUGCAGCUUCUUUUGGAAGAAGUUUCUUUUAUAUUGUAACAGUUGGUGUUAGACUGAUUAUGUGUUUUAUGAAUUGAUCAAUGAGCCAUACAUUUUUGCUAGGAUGUAUAUUUUAAUAAGUACACAAAAGAGAGUUUUAAAACUUUAAUUAACAGGUCUGUCUUUAAACCACCUAAGAGAGGAAUUUAAAAGUGAAGGUUGCAGUUGCUAGAUUGCGCCUUGGCUACCCUCUGAGUCCCCCCCUUCCUGUACAUAUGGAACUGUGCAUGCUUCCCAGUCUCUAAGGGCUUAACUUCUUAGGCACGGUGAGACGCUUAGAACAAGUAAUAGCCAUAAACUGGAUCUCCUGGGUUCUCCUGGUUUAAAAGCUGAGCCUUAAUGUAGUUUGAACAUAUCCUUUUUUAUUGUACUUUUCUUUAUUAGUAGCCUAAUAAAGAAGACUUUAAAAUGAGUAUCUUUUGCUCUAGUCUCUAUAUACAUUUUACAAAAACCAUCCAAAUUUAAUUGAUAUUGUAUUGAGUUUUUCAGGGUUAUUAUAGGCCUGAUUCAAUAACAGUGCAUUGUUUGGGUGCCUCCACUAAUGUUGUAUUAAAUCAGUGGUAUUUUAAAUUGAUUAACAUGUCAACAGAUCAUACUUUCUGAUUUUCUGUCAUCAUCGAACGGUUAAGUCUUUGCCGUUAUUGUCAGUAUACCUACCAAAUUUUAAAUGACUUUUUUAACUGUGUAUUGCUACAUUUAACGUCCCAGAUACAAUAUUUUGUAUUUUCAUCACUGUUUUCACCAUGGUAUUCUCAAAAUGCAAUAAAUCAGGGACUUGGGUAAUAAAAUGUUUCUGGAAAAUUCA